AGAAAAGGCAAAGCUUCUAGAAAUUCAGAAGAGAAGAAGGAAGAACCAAAACACGAAGAAAGGAAAAUUUUCAGAGAAAGUGAGAGAAAACCCAUCAAUUUUUUUGAGGGAUUGAGAUCCAAUUCUUUUUCUUUCUUUCUUUCUUUCUUAGAUCAAAAACUCAUUGAAAACAACCCACCAUAAUCAACUUGCACAUUACAAUGUCUGUUUUAUCGUCUUCGAUCCGAUCCUGGUUUUGUCGUUGAUUUGAGCACGAAAAGCUUGAUUCUUUUCGUUAUUUUGUGAAAUCCCUAUCAAUGAUUUCGAACCCAAAUUUCAUUUUCUAUACCUGCAUUGCCAGGGGACCAAUAAUUCUCGCUCAGUAUUCCUCCAAGGAACCGGGGAUUGAAUCCUUGGCACAAAGAUGCAUUGAGGAAACUCCACCUAAUCAUUCUCUGUUCUCUCAUACCGUCAAGAAAAGAACCUAUACCUUCUUAAUCGAUGACCCUUUUGCCUAUUUUGCUAUAUGUGAUGAAAACCUCGACAAAUCAGAGUCUAUUUGGUUCUUGAAUCGCCUAAAACGUGCCUUAGAGGAGUUGCUUCAGAAGGGGUUAAUCCUGGGUAGUGAUAAUUUUUGUCUCCAGUCGCUAUUCAAUCCAGUCUUCUGCGAGAUGAUGGCGUUGGAUUCGGAGUUCGUGACAUCUCCCAGAAGUGAAUCUAAAGAUUCAAAAGGAAAGAAAUCUGGGAUGGCUCCGUUGCUAGGGAAUCCCAUUAAAGGAUUAAAGAAGAAGAGGAGAUUGUCUGCAGAGGCUAAUGGAGAUUUGAAAGAUGGCGGUGUGGAAAGUACGAUGGAUGCUAGUUCUGAUAGUAAUGGUGUGUCUAGAGACUUCCGGGUUUGUCUGCAAAAGGGUGGCAGUUUUUUUGCCCGGGAUGGACAAAAAGCAAAGCAAAUUUGGAGGAAGCAUGUUAUGGUGGUAUUGUUUUUGGACUUGGCUGUAUGUGCUGCGUUGUUUGGGGUAUGGUUGUAUGUUUGCAGAGGCUUUCAGUGUAUUAAUGCUGACGGUUGAACCUCUGUUUCUUUUGGGAAGUGUUUGAUAUGAUUGUGUAGUGAGCUGUUCUUGAAUCUUGGGCACAAGUUCGUGGAGAAUUCUUGGAACAAGUCCUAUUUUGUUGGCUCAAUGUACUCCAAGGGGGGGUGAAUUGGAGUUCUUGUUUUCAAGGAUGCAAUUCUUGUUUCCACUGAUACUUCUCUUAGUUUCUCUUGUGAACUCGUUGGUUACAGGAGAAGUAAUAGCAUUUUAGCGCGUAUCUUUCAGUUCCUGAAAUGCCCAUGUCAUGUAAUUUAUCAAAUUGUUUAUAUAUACAGGCUCUUGUUUAUCCUGUAGGUAUUUUUCUGAUGUUCUUGUCUCUAUUAUAAUGAAGUUAAUUGGUGAUG